ACCCAUCCCAAUUUUCUCCAUUAUUAUUCACAUGCUUCCUGACCGACCGAAAUUAUUUGAAGAAGACAAGGACUACAUCGACGAAAGUCACAUCCUGGCUUUUGCCAAAGCCCUUGUUUGGGACAGUCACAACUACAUACUUGAUACUGCACCACCUACCCCAGGAUCGCCGGGGAGUGGCGUAUUCAGCGUAUACUCUGCCAAAUCGGAGUUUGAUGACGAUGUCGAAGAAUUUCUGCUUGAUAAAAAGCCGGAUUUAAUUACCUCCAAGAAUGAUUGGUUCCCAGUCAAUGAAGAGUCUCAAGACGUGCACACCGAUAAGAGUGGCAAGACCAAGGAUAAAACACUAAAGAAGGAAUCAUCGACAAUCUCGAUGUUAAGGAACGAGUUCAGAAAUAGUUCAGGUUAUAUGCUCCUCCGCUGGCCGUUACUUAUUCUCGUAUUCUCCUGGAUUACUAUUCUUGGACUCGCAUACUUCCUGGUCAGAGUUUAUGUUGCUUUACUGGAGUAUAUGUUCACAUGGACCGGAGAGCGGAGGCGAUUACGGGAUAAAUUACGAAAAUCAACCACUUAUGAUGAAUGGGUAACCAACGCGCUAAACCUUGACAAGUUUUUGAACUUAGAUCAAUGGCUGAAGAACCCCAAGUUUUCUUAUUAUGACUACAAAACAGUAAAGUUGACGAUAAACAAGUUGAGAAGUUUCAGAAAGCAUGAUAAGGACUAUGAUUUAAUGAUACUUUUACAAGCAUGCCUCAAGCGGAAUUUUGCUGGGAUUGAGAACCGUCAAUUAUACAGUCAUAGAUAUUAUGGCACAAAGAACUUGGUUCAUGAGUAUUACGAAGAAGUGGUCAAGUCCAUUGAUAAAAUCAUAGAUUCUCACAAUAUCGAUCUAUACAAAAAGAGAAAGUUUUUCAAGAUUGUUGAGAAAAACUAUGGGAAAACUGCCUUGUGCUUAUCAGGGGGUGCUUGUUUUGCCUAUACCCAUUUUGGACUUGCUAAAGCAUUAAUAGAUGUCGAUUUGCUUCCAAAAAUCAUUUCAGGAACAUCCGGGGGUGGAUUAAUAGCGGCAAUUUUAUGUACUCGUACCAAUGAAGAAUUGAAACAGUUGCUUGUACCAGAAUUAGCCCGCAAGAUUACCGCGUGUGAAGAUCCAUGGUAUGUGUGGUUCCCAAGAUUCUGGCGUACUGGGGCCAGAUUUGAUGCCAUUUCAUGGGCCAGGAAAUCCAAUUUCUUUACCAGAGGAUCAACAACUUUUGAAGAAGCCUAUGCCAGAACCGGUAGAAAAUUAAACAUUUCAACCGUUCCUUCUGACCCUCACUCGCCUGUUAUUCUUUGCAAUGACAUAACCUCACCCCACUGUAUAAUCUGGUCAACCUUACUUGCAUCACUGGCUGUUCCAGGUAUUCUCAACCCCGUUGUGCUUAUGAUGAAGAACCCAAGUACAGGAGAAGUUGAACCAUUUUCAUUAGGUUCAAAAUGGCGUGAUGGAUCGCUUCGUACUGAUAUACCCAUUGACGCAUUAAACAACUACUAUAACGUCAAUUUCACCGUGGUAUCCCAAGUCAACCCCCACAUCUCACUUUUCUUCUUUGCUCCUAAGGGAACGGUUGGAAGACCCGUGAGUUCUCCUACCCAUAAGACCAAGCGUGAAAAGUACGCCAGUCUUCGUGGUGGAUUCAUAGCUACUGCUUUAGAACAAUUGAUUCGUCUUGAGAUAAAGAAAUGGCUCCAAAUUAUCAAAACUCUUGAUUUAUUGCCAAAUAUCAUGUCACAAGAUUGGUCUAAUAUAUGGCUUCAGAAUUUCACUGGUAGUAUCACAAUUUGGCCCCGCAAUCGUUUAAAGGAUUUCUGGUACAUUCUUAGUGAUCCUACUGAACAGAGAUUCAAAGAGAUUUUGCUAAAGGGUGAAAGAUCUAUGUUUCCCCGUAUAUUGUUUGUUAAGCAUAGGAUGAGUAUAGAAAGAGCUAUUGAGAAGGGGAAGAAGAUUAUUCUGGCCCAAAUGAAGUUGGUUCGUGCGCAAAUGAUGUCUGACUUGAAUGGAACCACAACUGAUGAUCAAGAAGAAACUAGUAGUGGUAGUGAUUACGAUUAUGAUAGUUUUAGACAGGCCCUUGGUAGUGAUACAUUAGACGAUGAUGGCGAGAUAGAAGAUGAUGAUGACAGGGAGGAUUGCACCGAUGAGGAUUGGAUAUCACUCGACAGUGAUGAUUGCUCGGUUGAUGAGGAUUGAACGGAUGAAGAUUCAUUCCCAAUUGACAGGGAAGAUUGUCCAGUUGAUGAGAAUUCAUUAUCAGUUGAUUCCAGCACUUCUUCAGUCGAACU